AAGAAGAUGAAGGCGUCGAUGAAGUUUCGGGAGGAUCAGAAGCCUCUUUUUAGGGCUAAAGUUCCCCUGAGUAUCUUAGGUCUGCCGUUUCAAUCGGGAAUCGUCGCCGGAGAAUCGAAGGAGCUCAGCCUCAAUCUCUCCACCUUCUUCGAAUCUGGGCCUUCUCUCAAGGUCGCUUACCGUCCAAACGACUCGUGGAACCCUUUCUCACUCAUCGUCAAAACCGGGACGGGAUCUUUCGGCUCGCCCGUCUCAAGCUCCAUGCACAUGAGCGCCGAAUUCAACCUCCUCGGUAAAGGUAACCCGAGCUUCAUGCUUCACUUCAAACCUCAAUUCGGCGACUUCUCAAUAAAAAAAUCCCACUCUUCGUCUGGCUUCGACGGGAGUUUGAUCAAAUCGAUGAAUGGAUCCGUUUCGGAGGAGGAUUCCUCGAUCGAGGUGGUGGAUUCCCCGGCGGUCAACGGGUGCUGCGGCGGAGGAUUCAGAAAACUCACGGUUUUGCCGUCAACUUCAGCCGGAGACAUCGCCGGACUGCUAACCGGCGUGGAGGUCUCGGCGAGGACGUCUCUGCCUGUGAGAGGACGCGCCGUCGUGAAUUGCCGGUGGGGUGUUCGGGUGCCUACGGAGAUCAGGCGCGAUUUGGAUCCAUCGGCUGCGAUUUCGCUGAGGAGAUUUCCUUUUCUGGUGCUGAACAAGAUAGGGAUCGAACACAUGGACGGGUCAUACGCUAAAGAGACCAAAUCCACGAGCGAUCCGGGUAAGGUUUCGGGUCUACCGAAAGCAAGUGAUGAUGUGGCGAAGAUGUGUUUGGCCGUGGAGGAGCUUCGAUCGGAGAACAGACAGCUAAAGAAUGCAGUGGAAGACCUCCGGGGAGUGGUAUCAAACGCCCGGCCAUUCUCGCCGGCGACAAUAGACUACGGAUCGCACUCAAAGUACCGCGAAGCCGAGAGGAGCAGCAGCAACAACAACGGUAGAUCGAGAGCUGAUUACGGAGGGAAGAAAAGCAAGGAAGAGGGUGACGAGUUUAAUACUAUGCGAUUGUGUUUUGAAGUGGAAUUACAGCUUGAUGGGUUAUAAUCUUGUUUGCAGUGAUUUAUAAGCUUAACAUAGUUGUGGCUGAACUAAAAAGGAUUAUAUU